CACCACCGCUGUCACAUUUGUACUUGUGUGAACGAGUGGCUGUGUGUGAGAGUUGAAGGGGUUGGAUGAUAUUGACAUGAAAACAACCUCACAUGAGUGGCUGAGUUACUGAUUACAGGUGAUGUUCACUUGUAAUUUGUUAAAGAUAAGACUCCCGUUUUCAGCACAAAGUCCUAUGCAAAGGGACAGUCUGCCUUCCACCGCCAUCCCUCAGAGGACCACUGCUGGUUGUCAGGUCUUGUGCUAUUCCAUUUUCUACUGUCCUGGAUUUCUCUGAAGCACGGCAGCAUCAUGAGCGUAGAAUCCAAGAAAACACGUGAGGCAUGCUGCUCCAAGCUUAAGCUCUUCCUGGCCUCCAUGGCAUUUGUAUUUUUUGCCAAAGCCUUUGCUGGAGCUUACAUGAAGAGCUCCAUCACACAGAUUGAAAGACGGUUUGAUAUCCCAAGCUCCCUGAUUGGUGUUAUAGAUGGCAGCUUCGAAAUGGGCAACCUGCUCAUCAUCGCCUUUGUGAGCUACUUUGGUGCCAAGCUCCAUCGUCCCAGACUGAUUGGAAUUGGUUGUCUGAUCAUGGCUGUGGGAUCCUUCCUUGUAGCCCUGCCUCACUUCUUCCAGGGACUGUAUAAAUAUGAGACCAGUGUGUCUCACAAAGCUGCUGUCAACAGCACUGAGACCAUCCUGCCCUGUCUGUCCAACCACAGCAUGACUGAUGCAGAUGACACACUUGAUGCAGAGACCAAAUUAGAGUGUGAAAAGGCUGCUGGUUCACCCAUGUGGAUCUAUGUAUUCUUGGGAAACAUGCUGCGAGGAAUUGGAGAGACUCCCGUCAUGCCACUGGGAAUUUCCUAUCUGGAUGACUUCUCCAGAGAAGAGAACACCCCUUUUUAUUUGGCCUGCAUCCAUACAGUAGGAAUCUUGGGACCUAUGUUUGGCUUCAUGCUUGGGUCCUUCCUUUCCAAGAUUUAUGUGGACACUGGAUUUGUGAAUUUAGACACCAUCACCAUCACCUAUAAGGACUCCCGCUGGGUGGGAGCCUGGUGGCUGGGCUUCAUAGUGACUGGCACAGUGGUUCUACUGUCUAGUAUCCCAUUUUUUUUCCUUCCAAAGUCUUUACCCAAGCAAGGGCAAGAGCAAGAGGAAAUUCAAAGCAAAAGCACAGAGCUUGCAACAAAGACCGAGCAGGAACAAUUCCUGCCAGAGGAAACCCAGGAGAAAGUCAAAUUUCAGGAAAUGGCUAAAGAUUUCAUUCCAUCUCUGAAGCGACUCUUCAGAAACAGAAUCUACUCGCUGAUUAUCCUUGCCUCCCUCGUGACUGUCAACGGCUUUAUUGGCCUGAUCACCUUCAAGCCAAAGUACAUAGAGCAAGUCUACGGCCAGUCAGCCACCAAAGCCAUUUUCCUCAUAGGUAUAUUGAACCUGCCAGCGGUAGCUCUGGGUUUCAUCACUGGAGGUUUUUUGCUGAAGCGUUUCAAGUUGGGUAUUGUUGGAGCAGCCAGGGUGGCAGUUAGUGCUUCUUUGGGGUCGUUUUGCCUGCUUGCCGUUCAGAUUUUCGUCCAGUGUGAAAAUGCAGAGGUGGCUGGUCUCAGCAUGUCAUAUCAGAGAGUCCCUCAAGUGUCCUACAACCCACAGACUUUGCUGUCUCAGUGCAAUGGACAUUGCUUCUGCUCAGUGAAGCACUGGGACCCGGUCUGUGCAUACAACGGCAUGACUUAUGCCUCACCCUGCCUGGCCGGCUGCCAGACCUCCACCGGAAUGGGCAAAGAAAUGGUGUUUCAUAACUGCACCUGCAUUAAUGAGGCAGGACUAGCUGCAAACGCAUCUGCAGUGCUGGGCCAGUGUCCCAGGAAGGAUGAUUGUGACAUAAAAUUUAAAAUCUACAUGGCGUUGUCUGUAAUUGGGUCCUACAUUUCUGCCUGUGGAGGAACGCCAGGAUACAUUGUUCUGCUCAGGUCUAUACAACCAGACUUGAAGUCGCUGGCUUUGGGUAUGCAGACACUGAUCGUAAGAACUCUGGGUGGCAUCCCUCCACCUAUAUAUUUUGGAGCACUGAUUGACCGAACCUGUUUGAAGUGGGGUACGAAGCAUUGCGGUGGCCGUGGAGCAUGCAGACUCUAUAAUGCUAAUGCGUUUAGACUUACAUACCUAGGAAUGAUUACUGGACUCUACUUCUUGGCCAACACAGUGUGGGGCUACCUCUACUACAGCAUUGUCAAGCGACAGAAGAAAAUAGCACUGAAGAAUCAGUCCAAAGAAAAUGGACAGGAGAGUAAUGCAGUGACCAAUGGACAUGCCAAUAUCAACAUUGCAGACAUAGACGACAUGGGCACGGAGUGCACUAUUUAAUGUGUUUUAGGAAGACCACACUAUUGUUAAAUAUAAGUGAAUGCCUGAAUAUUGUGCUGCAUCCAUACUGGACCAAAUAUUGGUCAUUCUACAGCAUCAGUACUUUUCGGAAUUAAGCAGUAAACCUUGUUCUUUCGGGUAAAAUGUAACAAAGCUCUAAAAUGUAACAAAGCUUAAUAAAACUAAAAUGACACAUUUUA